AUGUCUACACACGAUGACCAUAAAACAGGAGAAGAUGAUCAACAUUUAUCUGCGUCUCGCGAACUUUUGAUUCUUUACGCUACGGAAACAGGUACAGCUCAGAAGGCUGCUGAUCGCAUUGCGAGGGAAUGUCGAAGAGUCCAUUUUCACUGUCUUUUGACCACUGGCUGGGGAGCUGAACCCAGAGCCAUGAGUUCGUUAUGGAACAUGUUACUCAGGUCUGAUCUCCCAAACGACCUAUUCGAGGACAUGGAUUUCUGCAAAUUCUGUUGGCCAGCGAAGAAGCUGUCGAGAAGGAUGCAGAGCUUAGGAGGUCAUGAAAUUUGUUCACGAGGAGAAGGAGACGAACAGCAUCGCAUGGGGGUGGAUGGUGCAUUGGACCCAUGGAUCGAAUGUCUCCUAGAAGUUCUCAUACAGCUCUACCCACUGCCGCACGAGCAAGAUAAUAUUCCUGCUGGUCGACCACCACCUCGCGUAUCCUUGAGCAAUGUGGCAUCUGAUACGUCGCUGAAUCCAGAUCCUCUAGAUGAGGACACGAAGUUUCAUACAGCUUCAGUGAAAUGUAAAAGACGGAUCACUGCGGAAGAUUGGUUUCAGGACGUACGCCAUUUUGAAUAUAAUCCUGGAGAUGUUGCUGUGAUCCAUCCGUCUGCAGCUGCAUCAGAAGUCGACUCUUUCCCUUAUCAAACGUUGCCCGACCAUCUACCGAAAAUUGUUUCCCUUCGAAUUCUAUUCACGCGCUAUCUCGAUUUCAAUGCUGACGAAAUGUAUGAUUAUUGUGAACGCGUGAAACGCACAACCUGGGAAGUUUUGUCCGAGUUCCGGUUCACAAGGAUACCGAGAGAGUAUGUCUUUGACUUGUUCCCUCCGCUGAGACCAAGAGAGUUCUCAAUUGCUAGUUCCAUCGAGCUCCAUCCCCGUGAAAUACAUCUCUGUGUUGCUAUAGUGCGCUAUGGCACGAAGUUGAAAAUUCAUCGGAAAGGCGUCUGUACUAGUUAUCUAUCAGGGCUUAAAUUAGGAGAUACCCUUCGUAUUGGUCUCAGAAAAGGCCUCAUCUCACUUCCUACGGAUCCAAACACACCAGUGGUGUGUGUAGGUCCAGGGACAGGUAUCGCACCUAUGCGUGCCGUCAUUGAACAACGCAUAUACGAGGGACACAAUAAUACUAUCUUAUACUUCGGUUGCCGUUCUGCACACAAGGAUCAGCAUUAUCACACGGAAUGGGAAUUUCAUGCGGAAGAACGAAAACUCCGCUACCGCGUUGCGUGUUCUCGUGAUGGACCAGAGGGUAUCAAACGGACGUAUGUGCAAGAUCUGAUGAAAGAGGAUGCACAGUAUAUCUGGACAAUGCUGGGGCAGCAACGAGGCAUCCUUAUCAUCUCAGGUUCUUCGAACAAAAUGCCUACUGCUGUCCGUGAAGCUGUGCGAUGUGCGGUGGAGAGGUUCGGAGGAAGGUCGAAUGCCGAGGCUGUGGAGUAUGUUGCUGCGAUAGAGAGGGAGGGAAGGUUGACCGAGGAAUGUUGGAGCCGAGAAUAUUCGAAACCGGUGAGCAUAAAAUCGUGA